GACUUCUAGUCUAUAGAUCUCGUGCUGUCUUCCCAGAAAACACUGCCGAGUUGGUUGAUUUGAUUGAGUUUAUGUCUUUUUUUUUAAUUCACCUUCCAUACCCCUAAUAUAGCAUAUAGCAUAUUAAGGGAUCAACAUAUCUCCAGGCUAGAGGCUUGAGGUUAGAAGCUCAAACCCACCAGCGGUGCUACCCAAACUUGAAAGCACUUGAACUGAGAUUAACGACUCCACGAUGUGUAUUGCACUAAUCUCUACAGCUCACCCGUCCUAUUCCCUUAUUAUUAUCGACAAUAGGGAUGAAUAUCUCCGUCGACCAACCUCUCCGGCUGAUUGGUGGCCCGAACCGGAGUCCAAUAUAUUAGGCGGACGAGACCUGGCGCGAGCAACACACGGAACAUGGAUGGGAAUUACGAAGGAAGGAAAGAUUGCGGUGUUGACAAAUUAUCGAGAAGAUACAACUGAGAAAGCGACGGGGACACAAAGCCGGGGUGCUAUCGUGAACGGCUGGCUUACGGAGGCCCCUGAACCUAGACAGUCCACGCGGGACUUCGCGCAGAGCAUGGUAGCAAGCCCCAUGGUGAGGAAUGUCGGUGGGUUUAGUCUGGUGUGCGGCUAUGUCAAUGAGCCACUGGCUGUAAUUUCAAACCGCUCUUCCAAUAUGGACCAGGUUACCUGGCUGGCAACCGAACAAGGCCAGACUGUGGGGCUCAGCAACACGCAUUUUGAUGACCGCUCCUGGCCAAAGAUUAUUGAUGGCGAGAAGCUGAUGAUUGAAGCUAUCCAAGAACACGUUGACGCGGGAGAAGAUGAAGAUGGUCUGAUUGAUAGACUACUCGGGUUGUUGAGCAGGAACACACUGCCUGAGCUUUCGGAAGACGCAACAGCGGAAGACUACCUACCACAUUUUAGAAAGAGUAUUUUCAUCCCUGUGCUUGGUGCUAAAGGUGGUCCUGCGAAGCCAGCCGAGGGCGUAGCCGCAGCAUGUGUCGAGGAGAAAGUGACAACUGGUGCCAAGCAGGGCGAUGAGCUGGACCAGUCAUACCUGCAUGGCGCGUACGGCACGCAGAAACAGACUGUCAUCCUGGUAAGUCAUGUUGGACGGGUGAGGUAUUUCGAGCGCACCCUUUAUGACGAUGAGGUGAACGCCGUUCCCCUUGGCAAAGGGGACCGAUCAUACGAGUUCCAAGUCGCCCAAUAAUCAUGUCGAGUCACGAUUUGCAUUUGGCGGUCUUGUUUUCUUCGGACGAGAUGAUUUCAUUCUUGUACACAGCACCAUUGAAAAGAUGCCCGGCUUAGCUCCUCUCUGCACUCUUGAGUAUGCGUAAUUGCACAGCGAAG